GCACACAAACAUCCCACUGUGUGGGGGUGGUGGAGAGGAAAAGGAGAGAGGUGGCCUGCUUACCUGGCUUGAGUGGCUCCUUUGCUCCUGCGCUAUUAUUUGUGGAGGGGCACUGAGGGCCGCGCUGCAGCAUCACACAGUUCUUCUCACAUCCAUGGAAAAAUGGCCACAUCAGAGGUGCCGUCAGCUGUCACUUAGUCACCAAUAGUAAUACUUGCACAUGUGACAUAUUCUCUUUGGAAAGUACAUGCCCAAAGAUGAAGGUGGCAGACUUCUUAUCCACAGGCAAGUAACCAUGAAAGUUUGCCACCAAUUAAAACUGUCAAUCCUGAAGGUCAUUUUAGAGGAUUUGGUACGUUUCACAUCACAUUACAAAUGACACAGUUCCCGUUUGAAAGGUAAAAUGUACCAACAUACUAGCCAAAUGCCUCAUAGCAUUAACAGUAGAUGAGGAGAAAUGUAUCUACUCCUGGUUAGCCUCAAAAUAGACUCCACAUUGACUAACAUACAGUAUGUAACCAUGUUGUUAGGUACACAGGUCUGUCCCUGCCUCUGUAGCGCAAACCUCUUAAGGUGGUAGGAUUUCCGGCAGUUGUCCACAAGUGUCUCGGAGCUGUUACUGAAUGCUUCGGCCCAGCUUCUCGGAGCCCCUCCCCUGCCACUUAUUGUGUGUGAUCUAUAGGCAGCUAGAGGUCUGUGGUACUUUAUUGGGAUCUUUUUUCUCUUUCUGUCUUCCCCCUUUGGUCUUUGCUCUUUUUCUCUAACAUUGUUUUUGCAUUGCAUGUGUUAACUUAGCAUUCAGUACUAUUUUCUCUCAACACUCUGUCUUAAUCACUACUACAAUUUUCCCCCCAAAUUCAUUGCUCCCAUGUGUCCUUCCCCUUCCAGUCCCUUCAACCAACCCCCUUACUUGACCCUGUCCCAGAGCGAUAUGCAGCAGGCAACCUCAGAGCCACAGAAAACCACACAUACACAGCGGAAAUCUAAGAAACACAUGUAUACAGGCCACAGGAAGAUUCUUGUAAGGUAGUGUAUUUCUCAUUUAUUCAAGUUACAGUUCACAACUACUAAAAAGUACUAGUAAAAUUACUAAUUGUCUCUAAUACAGUUACUGAGGUCCAUCAGGACUUUGAUUACAUUAAGUGGAACACCACAGAAAAGGGACAUUUUAGGUAUUAGUGUCAGCUGUUACUGAAUUAUGAAGUGUAUAGCCUUUUGCAUUAUAGCCAGACAUUAUUUGACACCGCUGUUCGUCAACUUCUAUCACCUAGUAGGUGGGAAUAAGAACACAAGGUUCAAACCCAAUCCUUUUAAAAUCCUGGCCCACGUUUUUUUUUUUUUUUUUACAAUACGGCAAGCUCUUUAUUUAGCACCAUUCUUUACCCAGUGAACAGCAGGGGUGAUGCGUUCAAGGUCAUUGCUGAGUGGAGAAUACAAACCAAAAAAAUAACCAUAAGCAUUUGUCUGUAAACCAGUCUGACCACUUUACUUCAAACUCAGUGGGAAUGUGAGUGUUACAGUCUCUGUUUAAAGACAUUGGAGACCCCCUCAAACUUCGGCUUUCAGUGUUUUUAACGAUAAACUUCCAGUUGUUGAAUUGAGCCCUCAGACUUAUGAGGUAAGUAUGUAUUUUUAAAUUAUUAUAUUUAAACAUUUACAUUAAUUGGACUGUGCUUCUCUGUCAUUUUCCCCAUCACUUAGUUAAUGAAAUAUUUAAUCCCCUCACAUUCAAUGUGACACAUCUACACUUACCUCAAUUUACUGGUAGUAAAGUAGGAGCUUUCUGUUUUAGUCGUUUGGCUCUUGAUGCACUGAGACAGUUGUUUCCAUUUAGUCACACCUGCAGUAGCUGACACUGACCAGGAAUGUACAGAGUACCAAAUACAAGGGAGCUGCAAGAGUUUGAGGAGCAGCAGGGAGCAGGUCCACCACCAACACUUGCCAAAAGACAUUCCUCGGGGACACGAGAGGAUGAUGAGUAACUGCAGCAUCCCACUUUUUGCAAGACAGAUCACUAAAGGGUCCAUCUCAGUUUUCUUUUCAGAACGUGCAAAAUCUUAACUCUGUUGUUGAGAGCGGUCAUCCAAGGAAAAUUACAUAAAAUACGUGUUUUGGGUUAAUAUAGAUUUAGUCACUUAGGUGGAUUAAUAUGCUUGUUCUGUGUUUUGGUAAUGUGAACCAGAGCAAUUUAUUGGCAGGGACACGCAAACACACCCAUACUGUACAUACAUAAAUGGCUGCAACUAAGUACUCUGAGGUCUCUAGGUGGGGUCCCCUGCAUAUCACUUCCCUCACCCAUAUCUUCUGCCAUGCACUGUGCUGAUGACAGCACAGUGCACACUUUUAAAAGCACCCCCUCUUGUAGAUCUCUCUUUUGUUUGGAUAACAUUUUCUAUUUUUCUUUCUCCUGUAUUAACAGUCAGUUGGUGGAUUUAUUGACAUGCCUACCUUUUCUGUUUGUAUACAGUAUUAUGUUUGUUUAACAGCAGAGAGAGAGAUUUGCAUUUUUAAGAACUAGAGAAGCUAGUAGAAUUGCAGUUGAAAGCGUUUGGCUGGUUUCUUACGUUGUGUCACGUGUGACUGUUUUUUUGACAGCCCAGUAUUUUAAAGCCAGGUUCGUAUGGAAAUGCCUUCACUCCACUUGCACUGCUGUUGGACUCGCCGUCGUUGCUUUCAUCCGUCUGUCUGUCUAUUCUUUUGGUGCACUCAUCUGUUGUUCAACACGCAGUCUGCGCCUCAUCUCCGCCCUCUAACCUUUGCUGAGCCCAUUUUGAACUAAUCUCUAUAUUAGUGUCAGCAGUUGCGACUGGUGCCUCAUCCAACCAGCCCUUUUUGUUUUUUAUUUUGUUUUUAAAUAUCACUGAGAUUUUAAAAAAUUGGAGGUUUUGUAAGAGAAACUUUUGUGAUGAAAAAUAGCUAACCGGGACUGUGUAUCGGCUGAGCAAGAGUAUUUCUUAGGCGGCUAGUUUAGGGUGCAUUUUAUUUUCCUCCUUGCCCUAAGUUUCAUAGAUCAGCUAAUCCACCAAAUCAAUAUAAAUGUUCAUGUGUAGAGUGUUAUUGCACCAUAAUACUGCAGUAAGGGACAGCAGCAUAUCUAAUGUCGGGUAGAGGGGAGGCGUUCACUGCAGCAAAUUCUGCAGUGUUUUCCUACACAAUGAAGUCAGGGGACAUGCUGUCCACCAGGGAGGAAGCAACACACUCUUUUAGCCAUACAGCCUCUAAUUCUGUGUAUCUUAUAACAUGUCCAGGGAACUGCCAGGCAGGGACAUCUUAUACACAGUGAUAGCAUGUUAAUGUAACCUUUUAAUGUCAUAGUUAUGAGUUGAUACAGGCAUUUACAACUGACAUACUUUAUUUCUUCCAGAAAUUUUAAAUAGGGCAAAGGAAGGCAACAGUUUGCUCUGAAAUACCAACAGUGGUUGACAAAAGGAUUACGCCAAAUGUAUCCAAAUGAGACCGUGCAGGCGGAGAUGCAGUGUGUACUGUGUGUGUGACUACCACUCCCCUUCACAUGCACUAACCCAUACAAGCCCAGCUCACCUCCACCACCCUAGAAACUCACCUACACCAUGGCUCAGCCUGCUCUGUUCUGCCCCCUGUCCCGACCUUCUCUUUUGCCAAAGAGAUCUAAUUGAGCCCUGUUGAGCCAUCACCUUCCUCUCUGUGCCUGAUACACCUGAGACUAACACAGUUGGAGUUUUGUUAACCUGCCCUCCACCCCCAGCCCGCCCCACCCGUCUGUAUGUGUACCAUUAACAGUGCGCCACUAACACCGACGAUCCUUUUUGUUAAAACUCUUUAACAAAAAGCUGCAUGCUGUUUUGUUCCAACCCCUUCACUUUCUGUUUGUGAAAGUUGAUGUCAAUCUCUUUGUGAUUAUAAAUAUCCUUUUUGUUUGUUUUGUAUGUUUUUGGUAGAAUGCAGCACUCUGGUGAAUGUUAGACAAGCUUGGAAUAGUUAUAAUCACAACAGAAAAACACUGCUUAAGAAAUAUCAUUGUUUCCUGUUUAUUUGUGCUUGAGGAUGUACUGUAGUGUGUAGUGGUGGGACGGUCUUGCAUUUCACUUAAUGUUUUUUGUUUUCUUGCUGACCCAUACUAGUGCUAUAACAGCCUCAGACAUGCACAUUUGGCCCCAGAGUGUGCUAGGAAUUCCUGUUAUGUAUGUUCUCGCACUCCUCUCUAGCCUCUUUGGUUCAUUAUCAGUUGUCUGAUCUUGUCCACAUGUGUAGUGUUUGUAUACUUUGUCAUAGCAAUCAUUAGUAUUAAAAGAAAAACAGAAUAUUUAUACUUUAAAGUGGAUGGCCUUACUGCAGUUGCACACUUUUUGGGUCCACUGUGAAAAAUCUCUGUCUCUCAGCUUGUUGUAAAGCCACUGUAAAUAUUUUUAUGCUAGCUAAAAACUACCUAGCAGUUUGAUAAAGCACAUCUAAGUAUGUUUUGUAGUUUAUGAAUACUAAUGAUAUCUAUUAGAGGCAUUGUAGAGCAUAAAUUUGUGUCUAAUAUUAAUGGUUUAAAAUCAAAGGUGUAAACAUGGUUGGGACCAGACCACUGAUAACAGAUCAGAGAUGCUGGAGGUGUCCAGAAACAUGCACAAUAGUUAUUUCUAGUAGGCUAUAUCUAAUGGGGCUACAUGCAUACGAUGUCUCCCUCUCUUCACCUGCACACCCACAUAUCCCCUCACACGUGCAUAUUCUGUCCACCCUGGGCCUUGUAAUGGUAAUCCAAGGCCCACUAGCUCCACUUCUGUCUCUUCCUCUUGCUAUAUUUUUGUGACUGCUGCAUAUGUUUCAUGGUGCUCCCCUUGUCAUGGUUACAGAAUCACAGCAAGCUUGGAGUUUCUGGUCUUCGUUUUGUUAAUGCAAGAUUUCCAUACCUGUUCUGUGUCACUUUUCUUUGUGUACUAAGAUCUUGCUCUGUAGUGGUUCAUAUAUGUAUGCGUGUUAUACAUAUAUUGCCCUCUCCUUCCUCCUCCUCCUCUUAACUUCUCAGUUAGUGGAUGUGACUUGAUGUGUUAUCUUUCUCAUCCCAAAAAAUAGAAAUGCUCAUGCCCAAUUUCUUUGCCUUUUUUAAAAAAGAAAAAAAAGGUUUUUAAACUGUACUCCUACUGUAGGAGGGGGUAUCCUGUAGUUUACAGGCAACACAUAGCCUCAUGUAUUCAUCAUAGUGGAAAACUGUAUAUUCCUCUCAGUCUCCCACCCUCUAUCUCCCACCCCACCCCAACCUUACCACUCCUUGUGCUCGAAGACACUGAUGUUACACGCUGUAGGUGAUGUGGAUGACAAUAAUAAUGAUGAUGGUGGUGGUGGUUGUGCUGAUGAUGAUAGCGUGAUCUGAGUGUUUUAUUUUAUUUUGUUUUGUUUUGUUUUGUUUGUUUGUUUGUUUGUUUUUUGACCAGUGCCCACAGGGAAAAGCUUCUCUUAUUAUUGGAAUAUUUUUGGUUUUUUUCUCCUCUCUUCUCUCUGCUAGGAUAACAUCGGGCACCGGCUGCUUCAGAAACAUGGCUGGAAGUUGGGGCAAGGCCUUGGCAAAACCAUGCAGGGUAAGGUUUGUUGGAUCCCCUCUGUAUGUCAGUAUGUGUGUGUGUGUGGGUGGGUGUGUUUUCUUUCCCCCACUCUGCAGUUGACCUCAAUGUAACACCCCUUUUUACAGUGUACCGUAGGCUAAUGGCCUCUGUCAGCUUCCUCCUCUUUGCUUCAUAAUCACUAAACCUUUAUUUCAAUCUGCACAAGUGUAAAGUGCUUCGAUUUAAACAAAGAACAAAAAUCCAUUUGAAAUCAAGAUAGAUUUAGGAAGCCAUGAUUCCAUCACAUCCCUUAGAAUCAUCAUCUCCACGUAUGUUAGAUUUUUUUUUUCCUCUUUGAGUUUCCGUUGCUGCUGUCGGGUAUCUGAUUGGCUGUAACCACGGCUCAGACUUUGAAUGGCUUGCAGAGUAGACAAGUUUUCCCCCCUCUGCUUGUUUGCCUGUUUCUACCUCCAAACCUGUGAAACUUGUGUGUUUGUGUGUGUGGUCAUUAUGUGAGACUGAGAUGUGUGUGUGUCUGUUACUGACCGGGCCAUAGAGUCAACUUACAGGGAAAACCUCACCACCCUUCUACACCCCGAAUGUCUCUGUCCCUAUGGUUACGCACUCCCGUCCUCCCCCUGUUUCUUUGCCCCUCCUGCACAGCAUGUUUGUCCCAGAGGUGCACUCCUGCCUGCCUCAAACUGUCACACUCACCUGGGGCUUUAAGCAGUGUUGGAGGUAACACACCGAACUACUACUUUCACAUGAUGGUGCACAGUUCACAAUUUUAAGUGUACUUUGGUAAACCUGCUGCUGCAUAGCAAUGCAGAACCCACUCUAAGCACUGCUCAAAACCUUGCUGGCUCUUUCCUCAGGUAAAUUUUAUGUGUCAUGUGUCAUGUGUUCACUUGUUCCGGGGUUAAGCACAUCCCAAAAGAAGCUUGCUGGCUAUAGGCUAGCGAGGAAAUGAAAGAAUCUCAGGGAGAUUUGCUAACUGGGCUGACAAGCGUCAGCGAGGCAAAAAGCUCAAAGGGGGAAAAUGGUGGCUGUCCCUAGAGGCAUCUAUCAUGUUAGACUAUAUAUCUGACCACAUGUUUAAAAAAAGGCUAAAUCAUUUCCCCGUACCAGACACUCCAAAAGUAGACGCUUCCUUUUUUCCUUUACCUGUCGGAGUUAAUAUGCCAUCAGGUGUUUGUUUAAUCAUUCCCUCACCCAGUACAGCUCCUCCAAAAGUACUUAUCUGAUGGGGUUUCAAAUAUUUUUCCUGCUCUGUGAAGAUAAAAAGUGAAGGUUUGCUGGGUUUUUAAGAUUUUAGGUAGUUUGGUACCUUUGGGGCAUAUUCUGGUUGAGAGAGAAUGAUGACACCAGGCUAGGGGCCUGGGGACUGGGACGAGUAGUUGGGAGAGAGUGGUGAGAGGAAAUCCCUGUAAGCACCUAGCCCUGAGUGAAGGGGAGGGGGAAGGGGAGGGGGUGACACACUGAUGCCCCUCUGGUAAUAAACCCCCCUACACCCCACAUCCACACUCCCGACCCCAUCCUCCCUUCUCUAUGUGCCUCAAUCUUCCUGCUUAACCAAUUGGUGUUUCUUUUUUACAGCGAUUUGAUCCUGCCCAUGUUGUGCUGAUGGUAAACUUAGUGGUCGAACUGACCCUGUGCCCAUCACCCUCAAGUAUGAUGUCAUGGGGAUGGGACGGAUGGAAAUGGAGCUGGACUAUGCAGAGGACGCCACAGAAAAGAGAAGAGUGCUCGAAGUGGAGAAGGAGGAUACAGAAGAACUGCGACAAAAAUACAAGGACCAGAUGGAAAAGGAGAAAGCUAUUGCAAAGGCUCUGGAAGACCUGAGAGCCAAUUUCUACUGUGAGCUAUGUGACAAACAGUAUACCAAACACCAGGAAUUUGACAACCACAUCAACUCUUAUGACCAUGCUCACAAGCAGAGGCUUAAAGAGCUGAAGCAGAGAGAGUUUGCUCGUAAUGUGUCAUCCCGUUCCCGGAAACAUGGAAAGAAGCAAGAAAAGAUGCUGCGCCGAUUGCAUGAGCUGGCUGAGCAGAGGAAACUUCAGGACCUUACUCCAGGAAGUGGGCCCAUGUUCAAAACUACCACAGUGGCUGUGGACGGAGAGAAUGCAGAAGAUGGCGACAACAUGACGCCUGAGAACACUGCUUUGACAGAGUGUGCCCUGGAAGGAUCACUGGCAGAUAAAACUGGGCAAGCCUCCCCAAAGCCUGGUCCAACCAUCAGCUUUUCUUUGGGGAAGAACAGCUCCUCCUCCCCAACCCUUAGUGGCGCAUCCAAAGUCAGUGUGUCCUUCUCUUUUGCCAAGAAAGCCCCAGUGAAGCUGGAGACAGCAGCAGCAGUGUUUGCUGAUCAUGGAGAGGAGGCUAUGGAAGAAGAGGAGAGCCAGGAAGGAGAAAAGGCUGGAAGGCAAGAAGAGGAGACAUCUGGCUGCAGCACAGACAGCCCUAAGGGAGGUGAAGGAGGAGGUGAAGGAGGUGAGGGCGGUAGUGUGGCAGGGACGGAAGAGGUGCAGCAGCCUGAUGACGGAGGCUCUCUAGCCUCCACUCUCAACAAACUGAAGAUGAUGAUGAAAAAAGAGGAAGGAUAUGCUGGACAGGAGCCUCAGUACUAUCACUAUAUACCUCCAGCUCACUGCCGGGUAAAGCCUCACUUCCAGUUUUUGCUGUUUAUGAAGGCCACUGAUCAGCAUCAGAGCAAAGAAGAGGAAGACGAGGAAGAUGGGCAGGAGGAGAAAAAGGCUGAAGAUAGUACUGAACAGACAGAGCCCAACGUUACAGAGUGCAAAACUGAAAAAGAACAAGGUAAUGUCACUUCACCCCCUGAUCCAGAGCCAACUCCUCCAUCACCAAAAUUGAAGACAGAGGAUGUCUCUUCAUGUGUAGCAGACACAGCUUCCAUGGUACCCACUUCACCUACACAAAAAGCAGAGGGCACACAGGAUACUCUGGAUUCCAACUUGGGUCCCAAAAUCCCUACAGGUCCCUUCUUCCCAGUUCUGAGCAAAGAUGAGAGCACUACCCUGCAGUGGCCCUCUGAGCUCCUUGAAUUUACAAAAGCUCAGCCUUCCCUGUCUUACAGCUGUAAUCCCCUCUACUUUGACUUCAAGCUGUCCCGCAACAAAGGAGUGCGUGGUGGAAAACCAGCAAAGUCCCCUAAGCCUUGUGAAGAGUCUGAUGACAAAGGACAACAGAUGGCUGCCUCAACAGCUGAAGUAGAUACAACUACUAAACCUGGGACCAGCACUGAGAAAGACAAGCCAACGAUGAAAGGAGCGCCUGGCCAAUCAGAAGGUGAUGAGCAAAAGCCUGCGACUGGCAGCAGUAGUGCCAAGAAAAAAAAGAAAAAGAAGAAGCAUAAGAAAUCUGCAAAGCACUCAAAACGCAAAGGAAAAGAAAAGGGAGCAAAAGAAGAUGCAGAGGGAGAGACUGAGGUAACACAAGAUAAGCCCAAAAAGAAGAAAAAACACAAACGGAAGAAGAGCAAAAACAAGGCUCCAGAUCAAGAUGAGGCAACAGGUGAUGAAAAAGCAAAACCAAAGUCAGAAGAUAAAGCUGUUGCCUCCUCUGUUCAGCUGACAACUGGAGGGGGAGCGGCUACAGGAAAUAUAGGAGCAGAACUGGGGAAGAGGAAACGUGCUACUAAGGAAGUGCCUUGUAAGUCUGGAGCAGAGGAAGGAGGAGCCGGAAAAGGCACUGACAAGGCCAACUCGGAGGAGCACAGUGGCACCAAACGACAAAAGACUGACUCCAGUGCACCUCAAAGUGCCUCCUGCUCCACCUCAGCCCAAAAGAGUCCUGGUCCUGGUAGACCUCCCAGCAGCGAGAGUGAAGAAGAAGGGGGCUCCAAUAUUAAGCGCUCACGUCAUCAUAGGUCAAGUCCUCGGGAACAACGGCGCCACCAUAGUGAGGAGUCAAGGCGGUCCUGCAGCCGUUCUUCAAGGCGGGGGGAAAGACGGGGCAGCAGUCGUCGGCACCAUCGUGGCCAAACCUCCCGAAGUCACUCUUACUCCAGCAGCUCUGAGCGCUCCUCAGCAGGCAGCAGUGCCUACAGCCACCGUAGCCGCAGCUACUCAGACAGCUACAGUGACUACAGCACAGCGGGUCGCAGACGGAGGCACUCCAAACGUUCAUCAGACUCUGAGUAUGAGCGGAGGGGAAGCAGAGGACAUAGACGAUCCAGGAGACAUCAGUACUCCUCUUCCUCCUCAGAAGACUCCCGGUCACGUUCACGCAGCUACAGCCGCAGGAAGAGGCACCGGCGGCACCAUCGGAGCAGCUCAAGAAGCUCUAGUAGCUGGAGCCGCAGCACCAGUGCAAGAUCCUGGAGACGCAGCUACAGCCGUAGCCACAGCUCUGCCAGCCGCUCCUCCAGUUCCACCAAAGGCUCCCCUCGCCGACGAGUUCCCAGGGGUCGAGGGGACAGUGACGCACAACGCAGAGACUUCAACCGCUCUCGCAUCUACCGCUCCCAGUCUCCACGUUCAUCUUCAUCACGAGGCCUUAACCGCAACACCCAUUCAUCUAGCUCGCAGGCUCUAAGGCCAGGGGGAUCCCGAGACACAGGGGAACCGAAAAACAUCCUUACUGCACGCCAGCUGCUGGAGAAGGUUCAGUCUAAAAAAAGCUCUGAUGAUUCUGCCACAGGAACAAAAUCUGGGAUUAAGAUUAAGGACCCACCACAGGGCUACUUUGGUCCCAAACUACCCCCCACCCUGGGAAACAAAGCCAUGCUUCCGCUUUUUGGUAAACUGCAGGCAGGGAAGAAACCAGUGAUUCCCCUAACCAGACCUGAUGAGGGGGAGAAAUCAGGAGCAGGGAAAGGCUCUGAGGCUGAGAGAGAGGUUAUCCUGGUAGAGCCUAUAAGGGAGUUCCCCCCUCCACCACCACCUCCAGCUCCACCAGUCCAGAAGGUUGAGGAGGCCCCACAGAGCACAGUGGUGCAAGAGGAGACACAGCACCCCAUUAUAGAAGCCCAGGUGCAACAAGAACCCCGGCCGUUGUUUGAACAGGAGCCUUCCAUGAUGAUUCCCCAGUACCAAGGAGAAUCUGGGCAAGACCCCUCUCAGAACCCCAUGAUGGAGUCCCUCGUGCCAGAAAUGCAGCAGCAGCAGCCACCAAUGCAUGCCUACCCUUCUUACCCACCACCCAACCUGGAAGAGGAUGGCAUGGAGGCAGAGGAGGAUGGACUGGCCCCUUUGGAGAGUCAGCCCAUUACGUUCACACCAGAGGAGAUGGAGAAAUACAGCAAGCUGCAACAGGCUGCACAGCAGCACAUCCAGCAGCAGCUUUUGGCCAAGCAGGUCAAGACAUUUCCCUCUGCUGCUGCGGCUGCAGCUGCGGCUGCUGCAGCAGCUGCCAACAUGGCCCCCGCUCCCCCUCCCCCAGCCCUGCAGCAGAUACACAUUCAGCAGCCCACUGUGUCUGUAGCCUCCGGCACUUCAAUCACCACAGUGCAACACGCCAUCCUGCAGCACCAUGCUGCCACUGCUGCAGCCAUGGGCAUCCACCCAGGCCAUCCCCACCACCAACACCAUGCACAUGCCCAGUUGGCCCAGGUACACCACAUUCCCCAGCACCACCUUACCCCCAUCUCCUUGUCUCAUUUGGGCCACUCCCUUGGUCAUUCUCUGGGACACUCACUAGGACAUGCUGGGCUGAUUCCUGCUCACCCGACAGCUUUCCUCUCUGGUCAGCCUAUACAUAUUAUCCCAGCUUCGGCUCUUCACCACACCCCCUUAGCUUUCCACCAUGUACCACAUACAGCCCUCUACCCCACACUUUUCACACCCCGGCCCUCACAGGCUGCUGCAGCAGCAGCUCUCCAACUCCACCCACUGCUACACCCAAUCUUCUCAGGGCAGGACCUCCAGCACCCACCUAACCAUGGCUCUUGAAUAAUGAUGCAAGUGAAGGAGUCUAGUCACAGCACCCAACCACUGGAAGAAAGAAUUAAUCCAACCAGCUUGGUUUUGGGUUUUAAGUUGAAGUCUCUGCGACAACAUGCAGGCAGUGAGACAGGAAGCUGUCAAUAAACCACCAUUUUACUGGCCUACACAGUGCAGCAAGUUGUAGCCACAAAGUGGUGGUGCCUGUGUUGGGUUCAAAAUUGACACUAACAUUUUCUUCUGGCUCAUGAGGUUUUUUUCCCCAUGUUUUGCCCUGAAUUUUUAAAGCAGGGUGUAGAUUUAAAGAGACUUCCUCAAGACAUUUAUAUUCCAGCUUGGUGUAUAUUAACGCCACUCAUUUGUUUUUGAAUGAUAAUUCAAAGAAACUACUGGAGUUUUUUUUUUGUUUUCCACAUAAAAAUAUUAUUCUCACAGUUUUUGCUCACUUUGGCAGCCAAAGAGAGACAUAACAGCUGAAGCUAUAAGCAGAAUCAUGUUAGGAGGAUGAGUAAGUGGUAUUGUUCUAGAGAUGAACAGCUUAGAUUCUGUAAUGUAACCUUCAGAGACGGACUAUUUCAUAAUUACUGAUACUCUGUUUAUGUUCUCAUAUGACUACUUGCUCUCUAUUGGAUCCUUGGUCUCAAAUAUUUUGUAAUGCAGUAACUUGUACAUAUCAGUGUGUAAUGUGAAGAAUCCCAUUAAUGAUGACCAUAUGAAAUUACAGCUAUGGUGUCCAAAUAGGUAUGACAUUGUCACAUAGGAACCCCCCUCUCUAAGCGAGGGGAAAUGUGAUGUAGGGUUUUUAACCUCCCUGAUGCUCUGAGGCAAAGUUCAUGUUCCCUGUGGUGAGGGUACACCUGAAUAAAUUGCACUGAAAUCUGUACACCGAGAUGGUGCGUUUGCAUCAUGUAACAAUAAGAUUGUAGUAUACUGCAAUAAUUGUAUUUUUCUGUUUUUAAAUUAUUUUCCAAAAUGCUCUUCAAAAGAAGGGCUGUGUUUUGCUUUUGUGUAAUUUUGUUAAUAAAACUGCUGUAGAUUAACCUAUUAACAUUCUAGAGGUUUCAGACUGGCAUUGGAAAGAAGCAGAAUGACAAGAUGGGUGGAAGAUAGACACGUGUAUGUAUUUUAUUAAGGUUGUUUCUAAAUUCCCCUGGCUAAACUGGGCUGGGAUGGCAAAGGAUAGUGAUCUGUCAAACAGUAGCAACUCUGUAUUUUUAAAAACGUACUGUUUCAGCAAAUAAAAUGUUGAGUUCA